AGUGUAAUCGCACGUAGAGAGAAUUAUUCUAUCGGAGAUACGAUACGUACAUACGUACAUACAUACAUACAUACAUACAUACAUACAUAUAUAUAUAUAUAUUUAUCUUCAAAGAUGAAAUUAAUAAAUUCGAAUGAGAGAAUUGUCGUCGUGUCGUAAUUCCACGAAACAUACUCCAACGAAAUUUUAAUAACAUUGUCGACGUGUUGUCCGCUGGGCCAAAGCUUUCGGAAAACAAAUUUCGGGCAAGCGUAAGAAUUAACGCGCUAUAGUUCGUCGUGAGUGCGUGAGAGAGAGAGAGAGAGAGAGAGAGAGAGAGAGAGAAAGACAGAGAGAAAGAGAAAGAGAGUGGAGCAUAGACACGUUCUACUACCGGGAGAAGAUAUCGGAAACAGACGAGAGAUAUAUAUAUAUAUAUACACACACAUAUAUAUAUAUAUAUUUUCCUUUCCAUUCAACGGCACCUUUGGCUACACCGGUCUUGCUCGACGUAAAGAAAUACAUCUAAAUGUGUUCCAUAGCGAUGCCAACAGAACUUAUCCUGGGGCACAGUCCUCCGGUAUACAAUCCACUCCUGUACAGGCCUUUGGUGACGCCGACGAUUACCACAAGAUCGGUACCACCCAGAAUACGACCGUGCCUGUCCACUGGUUCGUUGCCUCUGGACAGCCUAAAAAACAACAAUGACAGCAGUAACAAGCAGAAAAAGAGGGUCGUAUUCGCCGACGAUCGUGGCCGUCCACUUACUCAGGUACGUGUAAUGUCGGAACCAAGUAACGUUCCGCCAUUAUGGACUACGGCAUAUAUCGAAGGAGUAACCGGAGGACUCCUGAGAACUAAAAUCGACAACGAGGUAACGCAAGAUACUACACCACCAUGGCAGGUGACGUUUCCUCAGCCAGCGAGCGAUUAUCUCGCAUUUCGCCGUAAACUCGAUCAAGAAAAUGUCAGUUUGGAGAAUGUGAUUGUUCGUGAAUCCGAACAGGCACUAGUUGGUACAGUGAAAGUGCGAAAUCUUGCUUACGACAAGGAGGUCGUGGUAAGAGCAAGCACCGACAUCUGGAAAACUCACGAGGAUAAUUAUUGCACCUAUGUUGAACAACCCGGUGCACCGGCACUCAUCCUCUACGACACCUUCCGUUUUCGUCUUACGUUGCCAUUGAAAUCUGACAUUAUUGAAUUCUGCGUUAGAUAUCGUACCGAUGGACAGGAAUUCUGGGACAACAACGAGGGCAAAAAUUAUGUUGUCCGAAAAAGACAGGAGCCAAGGGCACCGCCUAAACGAUACGAUCUCUUGGCAGCCACGUGCGAUGGAUUAUCAAGUAACAACAAUAUUUGCAACAUGAGCAAUGGUGGAAGUAACGGACUCAGUAUACCACGUAUAUCCGAUGCAAGACGAAUUAACGUUCGUACGUGGAGUGAAUUCGCAUCGUGGCAUCAUUUAACCAACGAUGCUCCAUAUUGGUGAAAAGAAGAAAACAGAAAUUAACCCCUUUUUGUGGAUCCCUCGUCAAACGAUGUACGAAAAUGUACGAAUAUCAUAAUCCAGUGUUAAAUCUGGAGCAAAUAGUCGAGCUGCGAAUCCGUUCGAUCGGGGGGUGGUGUGAGGAGGGGGAUGUGGACUGAGAUAAGGGGUGGAACGACGAAACAUUUUUUUUCGUUCGUCGAAGACUAAGAGAUACAGAGAGAAAGAGAGAGAGAGAGAGAGAGAGAGUGAGAGAAAGAGAGAAAGAAAGAAAAAAAGAGAACACGAUUAUAUCUCGAACGAAACAGAAAAAUAUUGGCAGGGAAAAAAGAAAGAAAAAAAAUGGGAAACGAUGAUCGAAGAGGAGGCUGAUAUUUCUUAUUGUUCUUUUUUUUUUUUUUAUUUUUUAUUUAUUUUUUUUUUUUUUUAUUUUUAUUUUUACAUUUUUUUUUCUCUCGACGAAUUACGAGAAGCAACGACGAUAGCGAAGAUGACGAUAAUAAUAGACGUCGGACGAGAAAAGUUCGUUGAAAAGAAGAAAAAAGAUGUGAUGCGGCUAAGAGAAAGAGACAGAGACAGAGAGAGAGAGAGAGAGAGGAGAGGAGAGGAGGGAAAGAGAGAGAAGGAAGACGUAAUAAAAAUAAAAAGAGUGAUAUAGACUUCGGGCUAUUGGAUAGCACGGAUCGAUGGAAACCAGUAUUAAUGCUCACGUAGCUCUUAUGAUAGCAAGUGCAGCGGGGAUUGGGGGACAGCAUCAUUUACCACUGGAGAUAAUCAGAAAUCAGAAUUAAUUAGCUGUAGGAGAGUAAGCUCGGCAAAUGAUCGGACAUAGUCCGUCGUCCGAUCCGUUGAAACAAGUUCCGCAUACUACUACUUGUUUGCUAAGUCCGGCCAUCGUCACGUGUGCUUUCUUCUCGAUAUAUAUAUUUAUAUAUAUACACACAAACAUAUAUAUAUAUAUAUAUGUAUAUAUAUCCAUCAUCGCCUUCCUCUUUCUUCUCCUAAUUUUCUUUUUUCUUUUUUCUUUUUUUUUUUUAUUUUUCUUGUUUCCUUCCGUUCCUGUAACCUGCCUGAAGAAAAGGGAGAUAAGUUUUUAAUUACAAAUGCAAAAUCCUUCUGGUGAGUCGAUUCGUGUGAAACAAAUCUCGUUGUUCUCGUCGUUUAUCACCCUUUGAUAUAAUAUAUAUAUAUAUAUAUAUAUAUAUAUAUAUAUGUAUACAUAUAUGUGUAUAAAUAUAUAUAUAUAUAUAAUUAUAUCUGUAUAUAUUUUCUAUCACGUUGACUUUAUUUCACGCUAUCCUUUAAUUUUUAAUCUCUUUCUUCCAUCCUUCUCUUCUAAGUCUUUGCUUAUGACCUUCCUUCUUUAUAUCUAACCAACGAUAUCCUAUCGUGAGAUACGUACCUAUAUAUAAUAAGAAUUAUAGAAUAAAAAUAUAACAUUUACGUUUUCCUUCGAAAAUCAAAGAAAGAAGGGAGUCGAGAGAUACACGCGUGUGUGUGUAUAUAUAUAUAUACACACAUAUAUAUAUAUACACAUACAUGUUUCAGUGAUAAAAAAAAUGAAGAUGAAAAAAAAAUGAAGCAACGUCGAGAUUCGUUUUGAACUUCCACGCAUAAUGACACGCGAUGUCCUGUUGAAUAAUCCCAUUGCUUUGAUGUGCCAAUUAUUCGUGUUUUAACGUAACGAUUAUGAUGGUGUAUAUGUAAAUAUAGCAAGGUAUUAUUGUCGACCUUGAGAGAGAAAGAGAGAGAGAGAGAGAGAGAGAGAUCUGUUAGAGCAAAAAGAAAAAAAAGUGCUGCUUCUAUGCGUAGAAAUAAAAUGUAUAUAUAUUCACAUACAUAAAAAUAAUGUGUACAUAUAUAUAUAUAUAUAUAUACACACGCAUAUAUAUGUACAUGCGUGUACAUAUUACUUUUUAGUUCGCACGCGUUAUUCUUAUUGAAGUGUGUUGUUCCUCAAGCAAGUGACCGACCUUGAACAAGAGACACCUUUACUAGCGAACAUGUUCAAAAAAAAAUAAAUAAGAUA